AUGGGUGACACAAACAAGUUUGAGACUGUCCCAUCGGGGAAGAAAAGCCCCGCUGAAAAACGCAUUGUUUUGAACAAUUGCCAGGGCGGAAUCGGAAUAAAAAUUGUUGGUGGAAGGGCUAGUGGUGGACCUAGUUAUGGAAUAUUUGUGAAACGAAUUAUAGCUGGUAGCGUUGCAGAGAAAACUGGCGUAUUAAAAGAAGGAGAUAAAAUUAUUCAUGUCAACAAUGAGAGCCUUCAUGAGGUUACUAAUGAAAAAGCAAUGAGUGUUCUUGUAAACGCAGCCAAGGCGGGAACUGUAACUCUGUUAGUAGAAAGAAGUGCAUUCGCUGCACAAGAGUAUAAUAAGUUACUUGGAGUUUUGAGUAAUGGGCCGGCAAAGUAUGGUGAUUUUUCUGGCAGUCACAGUUUCAAACGUUCUUCAGUGGUUUCACCCACCCUCAUUGAAAAACGGUCAUGGGUUUUAGCCAAUGGUAGAAUGUCACCAAUGCCAUCUGGGAAUAUGUCUCCCAGAGGUCUGGAGUUUGGAAAGGAUGGUACUAAAGGUGGGGACCUAUCGAAUACAGUGGAUAUGCUUAUAAACAGUGAACGACCUGCAUCCCUUGCCGAGUCUAAUGUUGAUUCGGGUUUACAGUCUUC